UAGUUUUGCUCUCCCUAAUAUCAUAGUGUGGCUGGUCAGACCUACCUUGAAGGUCGGAGGUCAAUGACAAACGUGCCCGUCAUGGCGCUGUUUCUGAUGAAACUCCGAACUCCCGUGUCCGUUUUACGGUUUAUAGACAGAUUAAAGGGCGGCAGACUGGAACGUGUUGGUCUCUGGGCCAAGACACUCCUGAGUGACUAUGGCGAUGUGAUUGUGGAAGCAGGGAAGGACAUGAGAAAACAUCCUGUCAGAUCAUCGUUCCUACUGGCAGGAAUAACAGGAGCCUUGUACGCGUACAAGACUAACCCUUCAUACCAGUCCUUCCAGCAGGCUCUACUUCAUUCCUCCAACGAUCUUCUCCAGUUGAGCAAUGCGAUAAGGAAUCCAACAUCGGACAGUCACGUACAGUCUCUCAUUGGCCACAUGAAUGAUGGAACGCUGCGGUACACGACCCUGGGAGUGGUUUCCAUAGUGUGGACUGGAGACUUCCACAAGGACUGCAAUGUGUAUGCCGCUCAGUGCAAAUACCUGAAACCGCAAUGGUUGUCUUUCCACGAGAGAGUUGCUGAUGUAGGCUUCUGUGGGCGCUGGCUCGUGUUGGACCAGAAAAUGGCAGACUUUGACGUUAACUCUGAUGAAUUUAGUCUUUAGAAAUGAUGUUCCGAAACUGCAAUAUUUCGGUUGUUCCAUCAUGGCACAUGUGCUACAUUGUAGUAGGCACUACCAUACACUGAACUGUAUUUUCAAGUAGUUUGGCUGCGAUGCAAUGAGAGCUGUUUGUUAGACCGUUGAAUUGGGUUUACACACGUUAUAAAUGUAGACUUCAAUGUUAUCCACAAAAUUGUUGUAUAUGUAUUCGACCCCCAUACAUAGCCCCUGAAAUUAAAUACACUUCUGUGAACAGAUACCUUUCUUGAUUGGUGGUCUGAUAUUUUGUAUCAGAAACAUGCAAAUAGAACACGACAACAUCAAUCGUAAGUGGUAAAAGUUUAAUUGAAUAUGUAAAUCAACAGACUGAUGAACAUAUGUCACCAAAAUCCAUGACUACCCAGUAACUGUGAUUGGACUAUUGGACUGUAGCAUUGUUACAAUAUUGAAUAACAAAUUGUGUAAAAUCUUUUUCCCCAAACACCACAUGUUCGCACGUUCUGUCUUUACUUUGCAAGAAAUGGCAUUGCAGCUGUCAACAUUCUUCAAUACAUCUUAAGAAAAGAAGCUGUAUUUUUUAACAAUUAUUGUGCUGUCUUUAAAAGUAACAUUCUAUAGGCCAAUCUAUAUUGCUGGUUACAAUAUCAUUCAGUAAAACACCUCAAAACAGGGUUGUGCAUCCAUGAUUGCCUAAUGUCAUUGUCUAGCAGACAAACUUUCCUGACAAAAAGCAUUUAAAAACACUUCCAACAGAAAUUGCUUGCACUUCACAUAGAAAAGUAAACAUUGGUUUUUGAAAAAGAACACA